UCCCGCUCAAGCGCCGCCCAGUCGGCGUCACGUGACACAAACAGCGGCCUGUACGUCACCGUGACCCACUCGAUGACAGCAGAGGUUACAUCACAUCACAGAGUUCACCGUCAAUUCCUGUCGGACAGCGGACUCUGAAACACCUCUAAGACCACAACCCCAUCCUAAAUUCAUCAAGCCAGAGAAAAACCCGCAUCUGAAGACAUUUUUACAUCGAUCUGGUUUAAUUAUGUCCUGCUCAUGCAGAACUGCAGUGAGGGUGAUUAUAAAGUCAGUUCCUAAAGGUGUGUGUUGCUCUCGUGUUCACGUCUUCAGCCGCUCUCGCUCGGCGUGCGAUGAGCUUCAUCUUCCUCCAGUCCUGAAUGUCAGAUGUUUUUCGCAGAGCGUCGUGUGUUUCUCCUCUAAAGAGAGUCCACCGAGAGACGGAGACGGCGGGAAGAAGGCUGUAGGGGAGUCUGGGAAACGUGCAUCUGGCGCUGGGGGCUCUGGUAAAGGUGGCAGUCAGCUUCGAUGUCCCAAAUGUGGAGAUCCCUGCACACACGUCGAGACCUUUGUGUCCUCCACACGGUUUGUCAAAUGUGAGAAGUGCCAUCAUUUCUUCGUGGUUCUGUCCGAAACCGACUCCAAAAAGGGCCUGAAUAAGGAGACGGAGAGUUCAGAACAUGUUAAAUUCGCUUUAGCUCAGAAACCUCCUCCACCGCCCAAAAAGAUUUAUGCCUACCUCGACAAGUUUGUUGUUGGCCAAUCAUACGCCAAGAAGGUGCUGUCCGUCGCCGUCUAUAAUCAUUAUAAGCGGAUCUACAAUAACCUCCCCGCAGCCGGCCGACAGCAAGCCGAAUCCGAGAAGCAGAGCUCGCUUUCUCCCAGAGAGUUGGAGAUCAGAAGACGGGAAGAUGAAUACAGGUUUACAAAGCUGCUUCAGAUCGCUGGCAUCAGUCCCCAUGGCAACGCUUUGGGUGCUUCCGUUCAGCAGCAGACCAAUCAGCAGGCUCAGCAGGACAAAAGGGGCGGGGAUGUGCUUGACUCCGCCCACACUGACAUUAAACUGGAGAAGAGCAACAUUGUGUUGCUGGGACCCACUGGAUCAGGUAAAACUCUCCUGGCCCAAACACUGGCCAAAUGUUUAGACGUUCCCUUCGCCAUCUGCGACUGCACCACCCUCACCCAGGCUGGAUAUGUGGGCGAAGACAUCGAGUCUGUUAUCGCCAAGCUCCUGCAGGACGCAAACUACUCCGUGGAGAAAGCCCAGCAAGGCAUAGUGUUUCUGGAUGAGGUGGAUAAGAUUGGCAGUGUGCCAGGAAUUCAUCAGCUGAGAGAUGUCGGGGGGGAAGGAGUUCAGCAGGGUUUGCUGAAACUGCUGGAGGGAACCAUCGUUAAUGUUCCUGAGAAGAACAGCAGGAAGCUGAGAGGAGAGACGGUGCAAGUGGACACAACCAACAUUCUGUUUGUGGCAUCCGGUGCUUUUAAUGGGCUGGACAGGAUCAUCAGCCGUAGGAAGAAUGAAAAGUAUCUGGGUUUUGGGACGCCCUCCAACCUCGGCAAAGGGCGCAGAGCCGCAGCAGCUGCGGAUCUAGCCAACACUUCAGGGACCGAAAUGGAUGCAAUGGCCGAGAUUGAGGAAAAGGACAGACUACUCCGGAUCGUUGAAGCGCGGGACCUCAUCGAGUUCGGCAUGAUCCCGGAGUUCGUGGGCCGUCUACCGGUGGUCGUCCCACUGCACAGUCUGGAUGAGGAAAUGCUGGUGCAGAUCCUUACAGAGCCUCGUAAUGCGGUCGUCCCUCAAUAUCAGGCUCUCUUCAGCAUGGAUAAAUGUGAGCUGAAUGUAACCUCGGAUGCAUUAAGGGCAAUCGCACGUUUGGCUCUGGAACGGAAGACGGGAGCCAGAGGUCUCCGCUCAAUCAUGGAGAAGCUCUUGCUAGAGCCGAUGUUUGAGGUGCCUCAGUCUGACAUCAUCGCUGUGGAACUUAACAAGGACGUUGUCCAGGGCAAGUGUGAACCACGCUACAUAAGAACUCAUCCCAAAGAGACCGAGGAAGAGUUUGAAGAAGAUAACUGGCCGAGACAUGCUGAUGCCGCCAAUAACUGAAUGCUUAAGACCGCAAAAUGCCAUCAAUAUGGAGCGGAUCCAUCCAGACCUAAACAGACAGCAGUGUUUGUAGAUUAUUUUAAAUGACAGAUCAAUGAACGACUGUUUUAGCAUUUCAUAACCUAAAGCUACGGAGACCCGGAAGGGACGUGAUGGUGGGGAAAAAAAAAUGGGUGAUAGGAAAGCAUAUUUUUACAUUUUUUUAUUGUUCUCUUGCAAUUCUCCACAAACACUUCCUGUUCUCUUCAUUCAUGUAAACCCUUCCGUUUUUGCCAAAAUUCUCCCGUAUUUUACUAUUCUAUCCCACUAUCAUCCUAUCAUUAAGUAUUUUCCCAUAUUUCUGAGAUAUGUUUAAUCUUGAAGGCACACUGAAAUUGAUAUUAAAAUGUCAGCAUCCACUUUCUUUACGUUAAAGCUGUGUGUCGAUCGUCGCCUUUCAUAUGCAACCUCUGAACCAGUCCAUAUGCAACCUCUGAACCAGCACUCCAUACAAUAAACUGAUCCCAGAUCAGCUACAGGCCAUUUACAGAGGAGCAAAAGUGCAGGACACGUUUGGAUUGGGUUGUAUGUUUAAACAGACAAAUACACUGAAUAUUAUGUAAACAUCUCCGUCCUGCACGCUUUUAUUUUCUCUUAAAUAAGCACAAACAGUUUCUAAAG